GAUAACAGAGAGUAGUGUAAGCUAUUUGGUUUGGUGUAAGAUACUUGUGAAAUAGGGUGUGAAAUAUGUCUCCAAGAAUGUUUGAUACUUGGGUAGUCGCAAAUGCUGAUUGGAUAUGGUGGAGAUAAAUAGCUGACAUUAGUGAAGUAGCUUGGAAAUGUCAGAAGGUUAAUAUUCUGCUAUCAUUUUUUAUAACAGCAAUUGUAUAGGUCUUGAAAUGAUGUACGUACAAGGGAUAUUUCAUGCGAUAUAGCCAGGGCAAUACUCAGUGCACACAAAGAAGCAGACCAAUUAGACUAAGUUACUUGAUGCAUGCGCAAUGUCAUCUCAAAUCUCAAUUGCAGGUUUGGAACGGUGAGAGUUCGAAGAAGACGGCUGCUCGAAGUGGAAGUGUGAAUUCACAUAUGACAGAAGCAGGUUGAGAGAAGCCCACGCCCUGCUGUUCAAAUCCGACGGGAUGGAAGCCAGUGACCUCCCCGAAAGGUAUCCAGACCAGCGAUGGGUGUGGGUGGAUGUCGAGUCUCCCCUGAGUGUCAGGGGAACCAUGGCUUGAUCAAUACAGCGGACAUAGGCAGUCAUCAGUUCAACUGGACAAUGAGCUACCACAUUUCCUCUGACAUUAUGGCAAUGAAUGGGUAUCUCUUACCGAAAAAUAAACACUUUAUGCCCAUCCGUGCAAAUCUACUGGCGUACCACAAAGAGACCCUGAAACGGUACUUGCAAGCGCUGGAGGAGACCCCAAGUCUGGAGGAGACUGAAGAUAUUAAGUGGAAGGACUUCGUAAAGCAGCGGCGGCCAGUCGUGUGGAUGUCGAGUAACUGCAACACCUUCUCCAAGAGAGAGGAAUAUGUCCAUGAGCUCUCCAAAUACAUAAGAGUGGACAAGUAUGGGGACUGCGGAAACUACAAGUGUGGUGCCAGAUACCAAGCUUUCAAUACAAAGUGCUGGAUCAAGAGGCUAAGGAAAAAGUACCUUUUUUCCUUGGCUUUCGAGAACAGCCUGUGCAAUCACUACAUAUCAGAGAAGCCUUAUAACCCACUUGUGCAUGGCUUGGUCCCUAUAGUAUGGGGAGGAGAAGGAUAUGAACAUUUCCUGCCACCAGGGUCAUACAUCAAUGCUCGCAUGUAUCAUCCAAGAGAAUUGGCAGAACUUAUACAGGAUUUGAUGAAAAAUCCUGCAGCCUAUGGAAGAUAUCACUUUUGGCGGCGGUUCUGGAAAGCGAAGGUGAGAGGAAGCGUUUGCGAGCUAUGUCAUCGACUCCACACAGAUCCAGUGCGAGGGUAUCACCGUAAUAUUUCAGCUUGGAGGCAGACUGCAGAACAGUGUCUUGUUCCAGAACCAGACAUGUUUGAAAGUGAUGAAUGGGAGCGUAUUAUUACGAAAAAACUAUAAAAACUCGCUGUGCUAUUUCUUUACCAAACAACCAGUGUUCAUACAUAAACCAUAAAUUUUACUUAUUGCCAAUUAAAGGAAAAAUAUGAAGACUGGACACCUUAGUGUUCAUACAUACA